GACAGACAGACAGACAGACAGGAGUGUGACCUCUGGUGGUCUCUCUGCAGACUGCAGUCCUCUACCGUGUCUCAGCUGUUUGAGUGGGUGAAAGCUGCUCGUUCCUUCCAGCUUGUGACCUUUGACCUCUGAAAACAUCUGCUGGAAACCUGAACACAAAGAGCAGCUCUGAGUCCCAGCCUGAAGAGACCGAAGUAAGGAUGGCAGUUUGGGACAAAAAGAUUCUCUGGGCCGUCAUGUUGGUCCUGACAGAUGCUCUGGGCCAAAGAGUGAACUAUCCAGAUCCUGUUUGUGGUGUGAAAGGGUCGACCGUCACCCUCCCCUGCUCCUUCACACCACUGAAGUCUGUCGUUGUCAAUGGAAGAGAAGUUUUGAUCGAGAUCAUCAGAGUCGUCUGGUGCAAGAACCACGAACUCUGUGUUUUUACCACUCCGUCUGUGUACGACAGCGAAUCAAACAACAAUGACCCUCGUUACAGAUACCUGGGAGACAAGAAGGGAGACUGCACUUUACAGAUCUCAGAUUUACAGGAGGAAGACAACGCAAAUUUUCGCUUCAGAAUGGAAGCUAAUGAGCCCAGAGCAUCUUUCACUAACCGAUCAGGAGUGAGAGUCACAGUCGUAGACGGUGCUCAGAUGGAGAUAAGAAGCUCCAGACAUGACGGAGAGUUUAAAAGAGGGGAAUCAGUCACACUGAACUGUUCUUCUCCAAUGUGCACUAUCCACCAACUGGAGGUCACCUGGUUCAGAGAUGGCUUCGCCCUCUCAGAGUCUGGCCCCACCGUCCAUCUCAGAUAUCUGACUGCAAAGGAUUCUGGGAACUACAGCUGUGGUUUGAAGAAGAACGAGCGCACCCUCUCGGUGCCGUACAGCCUGCAUGUGGAGGAAGGAGGAGGGGGAAGUCUGCAUCUGAUCGUUCGGCUGAUGGUUGGGGGCUUGCUGGUUCUCUUUGCUGUUAUUGUGGUUGUCUGCGUCAUCAAAAGAACGGCGAAGAAGGUGGAGGACUCAGUCAUCUACAGCUCUGGAGCCAUCUACAGCACAGGCUUAAGACAAACCACACCAUGAUGGCAG